AUGGGGAGGAACAGGUUGGAGGAAGAAAGAUCAUGCAUCUAUGUUCUUGUCCAGGAUGCUCUCGCAAAAGAGUUCUGGUUUGCAAUUGAUUUAAAUGCUGCCAACAGGAAAGAUGGCUGCGGCGGCGGGCGUGCAGGUGCUGGUCUUUGCGCUCGGAAACUGGAGAUGCGAUAUCCACUCCAAGGCGUCCACCUUGUUACUUUCGGUUCAUAUAUGACCCUGAUUUACGGUUUGGGAGGCGAUAUCUUGGUGCCUGACCCAUCGUGUUGUUCCCUUGGACGCCAGAAAAUCUUGCGCUCCAUCUACUUCUACGACACAGCAAAUCCGGCAAGGGGGUGGGUCAGAGGUCCUGAUAUGAUUGCAACCAGACGUGAGCCCCGUCACCAAGUAGUUGACGGCAAGCUUUGCGUGCUGGGAGGGAUAGCCUUUUCUGAUGAUGAAUUGGAUUGUUGUGAUCAACCUCGUUAUGUAUGGGCUGAGUAUCUGGAUUUGUCGCUGCCCUUUUCGGAUUGGAAAUGGCAUCCAGUGGAUGUACCACCUGGCGACUCUGGCGGCCUUCUUUCGGAGUGGAAAUCUCUCUCAGCCUCUAAGUUUCCUCUGAUGAAGGGAAAAUUUGAUCCCCAGCGCCACGUCUUGGCUCACAUAGGUUGGCCUCAGCGAAUUACUGUAUGCUAUGAUGUCCAUAGUAAAUUAUUGAGUAGAGUUUCUGAUUCUGGUGCGCUGAGCUCGUAUUCUGCGCAUGCCAUGUUUGUGGACGGCGACUACGUAUUCAUACCUGACGCAACAGCGGUGCUAGCCAUGGGGGUGUUUCACGACGACAAAGACACGCGCUCAGCACCUUGGUUCCAGGGUUUUGUCCGGGGUAUGUACGGAAAUUGUGGUCGCCUUCCUCCUCCUCGUUUUCGCGGUAUUUGUCCCGAAGACCCUGAUGCAUUUCUGCUCGUGCCAAUUGCUCCCUUCAAAUAUGCUACGGUUUGGUCCCCUGAUCUCAAGGAGGAACCCUGUGAUGUUAGGCUGUCUGUGUUCACUGUUUCUCCUCCUGCCUCUCCUCGUCUCAAUAGCACCACUUUGCGUGCUCGUUUUGAGGUAUCAGAUGAGCAUCUUCCCCUGGGGUUGCCACUGAAUGUACGCGUUUUGGCGGCUGUUGCAGUACUCCCUGCUUCCCUGUCAAGGCAUGAUCUAUCCAUGGAUGCUGUUUUGACAGAAGCAUCAGUGGAGAAGGGGACCAGCAGUAUGGAGACGGACUAGGUUUUAAGGACCACUGAUAUAUGUCUCAGCAUGUAACUAUGUCUGCUUAACUAUCAAGAUGUUCACCUUUUGCCUGCUUUGUAUUUUGGUGAAUCAAUUAGAGAGCUUGGUUGAAAGUCCAAGGCAAUAUUGCGUUGUAGAUUGGUUUUUA